ACGAAUAGUUGGAAUUUUAUAGAGGAUCAUAGAUUCAUAAUCCCUGUGCUCCGUCUUUCUCGCUGAGACGGUCCCUUUCUCGAUCCCAAUUUCGGUCACCGCAGUCCAUUCAGCCAGGCCCUCUAUCGACGCCACCGCUCACCGCCGUAGUUCAGCAGUUAGGUUUCAGCUUUUGACGCAAAUUUGAUCGACAAGGACGACCACAUGCAGGCGUCAAGGGCAAGGCUUUUCAAGGAAUACAAAGAGGUGCAGCGGGAGAAAACGGCUGAUCCGGAUAUUCAAUUAGUUUGUGAUGAUUCCAAUAUAUUCAAGUGGACUGCUCUUAUAAAGGGAUCAUCAGAGACUCCUUAUGAUGGUGGCAUCUUCCAGCUUGCUUUUGCUGUUCCUGAGCAGUAUCCUUUGCAACCUCCUCAAGUGAGGUUCUUAACAAAAAUUUUUCAUCCCAAUGUUCAUUUUAAGACAGGAGAGAUUUGCCUUGAUAUCUUGAAGAAUGCAUGGAGCCCAGCUUGGACACUCCAGUCUGUUUGUAGGGCUAUAAUUGCUUUGAUGGCCCACCCAGAACCUGAUAGCCCAUUAAACUGUGAUUCAGGUAAUCUUUUGCGCUCUGGUGAUAUUAGAGGAUUCCAGUCUAUGGCAAGGAUGUAUACUAGGCUUGCAGCCAUGCCCAAGAAAGGCUGAAUUGCUCGAGUGUCUUCUACUCUCAUUGCAUUGCAUUGGGUGUAUUGUUGUUGCUACUAUGCAGAGAUACGCUGUAUUAAGAUGAUGCAAGUUAAAAAACCUUCCAUGCAGUCAUUAGAAGACAGCAACUCUUCGUUGUUCUUUUUCAUAGGACAUGGAAUGUGCUUAGAAUUACAAUGCACUCUGUUCUCAGGGAAGAGAUAAUAAAUUGUUGAUUUUCUUUA